AAAAGCGGCGCUGCCAGUGUGUAUAUUACACGGCGCGGAGGACGGGGACGCGGAGGACUCGCCCGGCCCAUCCCGCACCCCCUACCUCCGAGGCUGCGAUCCGCUCUUGUAGGCUCCCUCGCCAAUCCGCUCCUCCUCCCUCCCUCCAACUGUUGUGCGUGCAGCGGCGUCGGAGAAGAGAUGGCGUCGGAGGCCAAGGACGUGGGCAUCCUCGCCAUGGACAUCUACUUCCCGCCCAGCUGCGUGCUCCAGGAAGAGUUGGAAACACAUGAUGGUGUGAGCAAAGGGAAGUACACCAUUGGGCUUGGGCAGGAAAAUAUGGCAUUUUGCACUGAAGUUGAGGAUGUUAUUUCGAUGAGCUUGACAGUUGUGAAGUCCCUCCUGAAAAAUUAUAACAUUGACCCAAAGUGCAUUGGACGUUUGGAAGUUGGCAGUGAAACAGUAAUAGACAAGAGCAAGUCUAUAAAGACAUGGCUGAUGCAGAUAUUUGAGGAAUCUGGCAAUACUGAUAUUGAAGGAGUGGACUCCUCAAAUGCGUGCUAUGGUGGAACAGCUGCAUUGUUUAAUUGUGUUAACUGGGUUGAAAGCAACUCAUGGGAUGGGCGUUAUGGACUUGUUGUUUGCACAGACAGUGCGGUUUAUGCUGAAGGUCCGGCUCGUCCUACUGGUGGUGCAGCUGCUAUUGCAAUGCUGAUUGGACCAAAUGCUCCUAUUUCUUUUGAAAGCAAAUAUAGGGGAUCUCAUAUGGCCCAUGUAUACGACUUUUACAAGCCUGAUCUCGCGAGUGAAUAUCCGGUGGUUGAUGGGAAGCUAUCACAGACAUGCUACCUCAUGGCAUUGGACUCCUGCUACAAUGUAUUUUGUAAAAAGUACGAAAAGCAUGAGGGAAAGCAGUUUUCAAUUUUUGAUGCAGAUUAUGUUGUGUUCCAUUCUCCAUACAACAAGCUUGUACAGAAAAGCUUUGCUCGUUUGUACUACAAUGAUUUCUUGAGAAACUGCAGCACGGUUGAUGAAGAGUCGAGGGAAAAGUUGGCACCGUAUGCAGGCUUGUCAUCUGAAGAAAGCUACCAGAGUCGCGACCUUGAAAAGGCAUCUCAGCAAGUUGCAAAGAACCUGUACGAGUCCAAGGUUCAGCCAACAACAUUGAUCCCAAAGCAAGUUGGGAAUAUGUAUACAGCAUCACUCUAUGCUGCUCUUGCAUCGGUUAUACAUAAUAGACAUGAAACUCUGGCAGGCCAGAGGAUUGUUAUGUUUUCGUAUGGCAGUGGGUUGACAUCAACAAUGUUCUCUUUCAAGAUUAAUGAAGGCCAUCACCCUUUCAGCUUGCUAAACAUUGCAAACAUAAUGGAUGUUUCCAAGAAAUUGAAGGCAAGACAUGUGGUCCCGCCAAAGAAAUUUAUCGAGGUACUGAAACUGAUGGAGCACCGGUAUGGGGCGAAAGAUUUCGUGACCAGUCAAGACACAAGUUUGCUAUCUGUAGGCACAUAUUAUCUCACGCAUGUUGACUCCAAGUACCGAAGGUUCUAUGACGUGAAAGGUGACGGUGUCACCACUACUGCAAUGUCCAACGGCCACUGAUCUGUCUUCUGCCCGGAGCUGCAACAAGUCAAAUAACAGAGGCAGGUGUUCCUAAGCAUUCUGAUUCUUCUUAGAUUAUCUAUUAGGAAGGGACGCUGGAGCUUAGAUUAAUCUCUGCCAAGUUGUAAGGUUGUAAAGUUAGUUAGAGCUGCGUCAUUGCUGUAAUGCUUGCUUGGUAAAAGUUCUGGCGCUCUUCAGUUCUUCAGUGCUUGCAAAAUUCAAAUCAAGCUCACUACUAGUUGUAAGAAUUCUGAAUAAUCUGCAGAAUCACUGGUUACAUCC